ACUACCAAGCACAAGCUGCAGUCUCACUCUCCUCCUCGGCUGUCUCCUCUCCUGCUCGUUUUCCCACCACUUUUCCCCGUUGUCUCUCUUGCUGUUUCUGCAUCUCCUCCACCCCACCUCCUCCACACCCCCCCUCCCCGUCUGUUUUCAUUCAAGCUGUGCUUCUCGCUCGCACCGUUCUCUCUUUCUCUUUUCCUCCCUUGUCGCCGCUGCUGCUCUGGCAGCCUCACCCUACAUCCCUCCCAUCCAAGCAAAACCUCCUCCUCCUCCUCCUUCCUCUUCCUCCUUCUCCUUUUGGAGAUCCUAAGAGCUGCUCGGCUCACGCUCGCACAUAGCACAACACACUCGUCUCCUGCGCGGGUAAAACAUGUCAACUGUUCUGGACCUGGAGCAGAUUUCAUAUGCUGGAAAUGAUGCGGAGCAUGACAUCGAGACUCCACACGGUGUCCUCCAUGUGACGAUGAGAGGCGUCCCCAAGGGCAACAGGCCUGUCAUCCUCACCUAUCACGACAUCGGACUCAACCACAAGUCCUGCUUCAACACCCUGUUCAACUAUGAGGACAUGCAGGAGAUCACCCAGCACUUUGCUGUGGUCCAUGUGGACGCACCCGGCCAGCAGGAAGGAGCGCCUCCCUUCCCCAGUGGAUACCAUUACCCUACCAUGGACGAGCUGGCUGAAAUGCUGCCCUCUGUGAUGACUCAGCUGAAAGUCAACAGUGUGAUCGGCAUCGGUGUAGGAGCAGGAGCUUACGUCCUCACCCGCUUUGCUCUGAACAACCCCAGCCUGGUUGAAGGACUGGUUCUGAUCAACGUCGACCCGUGUGCUGAAGGCUGGAUCGACUGGGCUGCUUCCAAGCUGUCUGGAUGGACCAGUAACUUGGUGGAUAUCGUCAUGGCUCACCACUUCAGCACUGAUGAGCUGACAGAAAACCAGGAGCUGAUCCAGACCUACCGCCUCCACAUCGCCCAAGACAUCAACCAGGACAACCUGGCCCUGUUUUGUGGCUCCUACCAGUACCGCCGUGACCUUGAGAUCGAGAGGCCCAUCGUGGGAUUGAACGAGGACACGGUGAACACACUGACGUGCCCUGCCUUGCUGGUGGUUGGCGACACGUCUCCUGCUGUCGAGGCCGUGGUGGAGUGCAAUUCCAGGUUAAACCCCACCAAGACCACGCUGCUGAAGAUGGCUGAUUGUGGAGGCUUGCCUCAGGUCGUGCAGCCAGGGAAGCUUGCUGAGGCGUUCAAGUACUUUGUUCAGGGCAUGGGAUAUAUUCCCUACGUUCUCCUCAGUCACCUGAGCAACGAAUCAGUGCCGUCAGCAGGAAUGACUCGUCUGGCUCGCUCGCGCACCACCUCCUCCUCCAGCAUCACCUCCAUGGAGAGCAGCCGCAGCCGCAACAACAUCAGCAGCCUGCUGGAGGGCAACGCGGCCGGCGGCGGCCUGGACAGCCAGGUGGCGCCCCAGACCAUGGAGGUGUCCUGUUAGACCCCGCCCCCCCCCCCGAAACCCGCCUCCAUGCAAACUCCUGUAGUAAUUUAUAUGUCCCCUCUCUCCGCCUCUCCUUUCACUUCUCGUCCUGAUCCCACGCAGCUCAACGCCAGGGGAGCGCGUGUGAUUAGAAAGGAGGAUCUAAUAAAUAUAUUAACAGAUGCAUAUUAGAGGAUAUGUUAUAUAUAUAUUGUCAAAGUCACAUUACUAACAGAAACCAUGAGUACAUUCAGAUGUUGUCUAUUUAAAUGUUCAAACCACAGGAUUGAGUCAGCUGUCUAACCUUGUAUUUAUUUUGUCUGUGUUUUUAAACCUCAUCACAGAUGUUCAACGGAGCUUUUUUUUAUUAUUAUUAUUAUUAUUCCUAACUUGUUUUUUUUUUUUUCCUUUUGGUCCACAAAUUGUGAAUCACUGUGUUUCUGUUUUUAAACCUACUGCAGUGCAAGUAAGUCACAAAGUAAGAAAGCGUUCCUAAACUACAGAUCCUUGUCGGUGUGCAGUUGCUCUCUGGAGCGUCCCGCUAAAACAGGGUUUUGUUGUGUAAAAAAAUGAGACAGUGAUAAAUUAUUUCAAAGCUGCUUCCACAAAAUGGGACAUUUUUCCUGUACAAUUAAACAGAAGGAGGGCGGGGGUGCACAGCUUUGAAUGAAUACUUCAGUUUUAGCUUUCAGUCUGCUUGAGUUCAGCCCUGCCAACCAGUACUGAACCUGAUAAAACCUGAAUAAGGUUCUGCUGUCCCAGCCGGGUCAUCUUAACCUUUUCACCUCAGCAUACCUUAUGUUAAAGCCAUAGUUUGGAACCAGGCUACUAAGGAUUAAAAGCAUCUCGCAUUUCUAUAACACGGACUGCUGGUGUUGUCCGUGUAUUAAGAGUCUCCUGUGUUCCCCAUAUAUCUAGACGUAGGAGUAGGCUGUGAGACUGAAACCAGGCCUGGCUGAAACUUUCCAGCGCAAUCCGUGACCUUGAGGUUUUGGACCACCAUUUGAAAAAGUUUCUUUAGAGCCACAACACUUUGCUCUGCUCCAGAGAACACCGUGUCCCCAGGGAAAGUCGCUGUUAGUCUGUCCCUUCUAUCUGGUUUCUAUCAAGGUGGAGGAGACUCUCAGCAUUUCCCUAUAGGCCAGUUUUAACGGGGAACCUUCGGGUGCCUGCUGGAGAGGCUGAAGGUGGAGGAGGAUUUUAGUUUUAGUACCACUGUGAUGAGGGAUACUGACGGACUCGUGCCUCAGUUUUACUUCAAGCUUCUGCACACUUAGCAUUUUCAUCUCCUUCCUUCUUACCGAUCUGUUGGUUUUCCGUUCAAUCGUACGGGAUAAAUGUUAAAGUAAAGAAGGAAAAAGCGGCGAAUGUAUCCGGGUCUCCUCCUUUUGCACGACAAAAACCUGGCUCCGUCUCUCUCCAGAGAGCCACCGCAGCAGAGGCGUGGGGCGGUAACGGCAGACGAAGGGAGACGGACGAUGCGCCGACGUAGCACUGCGACGCGUAGCACAAACGAGGCUGCAUUCAGAUUUCUCUUUGUGAUUGAACUCACCAUCUUCUUUCUUUCUUUUUUUUUUCUUUCCUUUCUGCACUUGUGUUGAGCUGAAUGGAUUUUUCUUUCAGUGAUGCUUUACCAACCUUUUAUGGGUCCAGAUGUGAAAAGUGUAUCAGUCCUGUAACGUAGGGGCCAAGAACGGCUUCUCACUGUCUGCUGAUUCAGCUCAUUUCUACUACUACUGAAUAAAGCUACGAGACGAGCACACGUC